AUGCCCUCCUGCGUGGUUCAGCGCAACUCGUGUGGAGGGCUUUCAGGCGAGAGCAUUGAGUUCGACGAGAUCGCUGCUGGUGCCGAGGGUGAGCAGGAAGCCGGUGGCGGUGGCGAGGGCGGCCAAGCUGCCCGGCCGAAGCGACUUCGCAUCACGCAUCCGGAGUAUAUGCGCAUGGGUCAGAUGCUUCUUCGGCAGCUGGCGGAGCAAGACGCGGCCGGUGUGGUGGUCAAGGAAAGCGAUCUCGUUACCUGGUACAUGGAGCAGGCUGAUCAGGAUGUCCGAACGGAGGAAGAGCUCUUUCAGCAACAGCACCUGGUGCAGCUCGUGAUCAACCGAAUGAUCACGCGCGACCGGGUUAUCCUGGUGCACCAGGAGAUCGAACAGGAGGAUGGCACCAAGGAUCGCGUGCUGGUGAAGCAUCCAAACACCGUCGUAGAUGCGCUGGAUCGGAACUGA